AUGAAACUAUUGUUAGUGUUUCUCCAUGCGUUGUCAUCCUCUGCAUGGUCUCUAGGAAGCUCUUUCCAUGCGGUGAAUGAGCGUGUCUUCGACUGGCCCAGUGCUUGGUCGGAAUUCUCGUCGACCAGUGAGGUGUCCUUCUUUGACGGACGUGACGACCGCGAAGCGCUUGCAUAUGGGAUGAGGAUGCAUGGCCGAGCACCUAGGCAUAAUGCUCACCGUCAUGAAAUUUGUGAGUUCCGUUUAAGUAAUAUGUUGAAUAUUUCUAACAAUAUUCUCUUGUUAGCACUUGUAGCUUUGUCGGUUAUUGCUAGCUUGGCAUCUGACCAAAGCCCUCUUCAAGAUUUCUGCGUUGCAGAGAAGACAAGUCCAGUUGUAGUGAAUGGUUUGGCCUGCAAGGAUCCCAAGCUGGUUCAAGCCGAUGACUUCUUCUUCAGUGGACUCGAGACAGCAGGCAACACAUCAAAUCCAUUUGGAUCGAAGGUGACACCGGUGACUGCAGCCCAAGUUCCAGGGCUAAACACUCUUGGCAUCGCCUUGGCCCGCGUCGAUUAUGAGCCGUGGGGUAUCAACCCUCCCCACACGCAUCCUCGUGCGUCUGAAAUUUUAGCAGUGCUGGAAGGUAGCCUUCAAGUUGGUUUUGUCACGUCCAACCCCGAAAACCUCCACAUCACAAAGGUUCUGCAGAAGGGUGACGUGUUCGUAUUCCCCAUUGGUCUCGUCCACUACCAGAGAAAUGUUGGAACUACAAAGGCCGUUGCCAUUGCAGCUCUGAGCAGUCAGAACCCUGGUGUCAUCACAAUUGCGAAUGCGGUGUUUGGGUCUAAACCAGAAAUUGCAAGUGACAUUCUCGUGAAGGCUUUCCAAGUUAAUAAGGACGUUGUCGAUUACAUCAAAACUAAGUUCUAGACAAGCAAUGAAGGACAACUGGAAGAAG